CCUCAGAUAUCAGGCGGGACUCGGGCCAGCUGGAGGCAGACCUGGGGACUUCGCUGGACGGAUUGCAGCAGCCCUAAGUCGAGGAGAAAUUGAACUAAACUGUCCUUUGGAUACUGACUAUGAAGGAUGACCGUUAAAACAAACUUUAUCGUGGAAGAGCCAGCCAUGCCAGCUGCCGCGUACAGAUAAUGAAAGAUUAAAAGCAGCCGGACGACGCCCGCGGGAGCCGCGGCCCAGAGACCCGCCCGGGCGGCAGUGACUGGAGCCGAGCCCACAGGCCCGGGCCGGCCCGGCGGCGCGAGCAGGAAGCGGGGUCCCUGGGCCCCUUUGUGUGUGCAGGGCGGGGGAGGGGUGCCGGGCCGCCCCUGGCCGCGGGGGGCUCCCGUUCCGCGGCCCCCACCGCUUCCCUCGGGGGCGCGGCGCGUCUCCCCACCCCGCCUCUCCAGGCUUGCCCUCCUCCCCACGCCCCCUGCCUGGGCUUCGGUUCCUAUAGGAAGGGCAUCACCACCUCAUCCCCACCCACCCGACACUUGGCUCAUUCCCCUCCCCCUCCUCUAACUUCCUCUUCUUCCCCCGUUGGGCCCUCGGCCUCUCCGCACUGUCCUCCCCAGUUCGCCGAUUUCCGCCCACCUUCCGCCUCCCCGAGCCGCCGCGGCUAGCGGGGUGUUCUUUUCCCUCCCUCUGGUAGGAGUUGCUGAAGGUGAGACUCAUGAGGGAAUACAAGGUAGUGGUGUUAGGGAGCGGAGGGGUUGGCAAAUCUGCCCUUACUGUGCAGUUUGUCACUGGGACUUUCAUUGAGAAAUAUGACCCCACCAUUGAAGAUUUCUACCGCAAAGAGAUCGAAGUGGACUCUUCCCCCUCCGUGCUGGAAAUUCUGGACACCGCAGGAACUGAGCAGUUUGCCUCCAUGAGAGAUCUCUACAUCAAAAACGGCCAAGGUUUCAUCCUGGUUUAUAGCCUGGUUAAUCAACAGUCUUUCCAGGAUAUCAAGCCCAUGAGAGAUCAGAUUGUCAGAGUGAAGAGAUAUGAAAAAGUCCCACUAAUCCUAGUAGGAAAUAAAGUGGAUCUGGAACCAGAAAGAGAGGUUAUGUCUUCAGAAGGCAGAGCUCUGGCUCAAGAAUGGGGCUGCCCUUUCAUGGAAACAUCGGCAAAAAGUAAAUCAAUGGUGGAUGAACUUUUUGCUGAGAUCGUCAGGCAAAUGAACUAUUCAUCCCUGCCCGAGAAGCAAGAUCAGUGUUGUACAACUUGCGUUGUCCAGUAAAAAAAAGAACCUCAAUCAUGGCCAUACCGAGCAGAUAAAACUCAGAGGAAAUUUGCACAGAUGCUGCUUUGGAGAACUUACAACCUGGGUUGCAGAACUGAGCCUUGGUAAACCUGUCUCUAUUACAGCAUGUUGCCAUACAUCUAAUUCAGUGCAUAAGGUCCUUGGCCUUCAAGAUCCAUUGACCUUAAACGGGAAUGCUUAGCACGUUUACCAUAUGUUUAAAAUCUGUUCUUUAUCAAUCAGUCCUUUUGUAGCUUUCUAAGUUCUUAUUGAUGGCUAAUAUGCAAGAAUUAAUUUUUAAUAUUUUAAUUGAUUUCUUUAAUCAGUUUCUCAACUUGUAUUUAUUAAAUACUCAAACUCAGUAUUACCUACUCAAUGCCUUUUAAAAGAAAGUUAUAAUGGAGAAAAAAAAUUGAGCCUUAAACAAAUGGUUACUUCUGUAUAUUACCUCGCACCAGUGCUUCAUUCUAUUUGUAAAAUCUUUCUCCUUUAAAUGGUUGGUUAAUACUUUGAGACUUUGUUUACGUGUGGCAGUGUUGUAAAAAGAAACUAAAGAUCACGUUUUUACCCUGAUGGAUGGAAUAUCCCUUUUCUUCAAGUGCAGUUUGUGAUGUGUUUCUGUAAUUAACAUGUUCUGAAAGUUCCAAAUGAUAUUUGAAAUUGACGGUAGAGCAUUUAGCUGAAGAGUUAAGCAUUUGAUUCCAUUAGGUUUUCACAUGUGUUAAUCUCAUUUACAGCAUCGAAUUGCAGCAGUAACAUUUUCCUUUCUGUGAAGUUCUAAAUUUAGUUAUGACCUACUUAGCAAUGCCUUUGAAAAGGGAUAUUGUAUCCAUGGUAAAUUAAUUGUAUACCUAAACAGAGAUCGCUCAGCUUUGCCUGUCAGGCUUGUAAUUGACAUCUAGUAGACUUCUGCACAUGUAAAAUUGAAUUCAAAUAAAAUCAUAUACGCUUUCUAGUUCUUAAUAUUUGUCUUUCUGGAUAAUAGUUUAAAGCAAUAUUUGUUAAAGUUUUCUUGCACUAUCACAAUUGCUUUUUAGUUAUUUCUCAAGAAGCAUGUUCGUAGUAGAGACAAAAAUCUGUGUAACAGGAGAGGAUAGCGCCAAGUCUCUGGGCUUUUUUGUUUGUUUGUUUUUUGGAUUUUUUUUUUUUUUUCCAAAUGUGCUUCUAAUAGCCAUUGCCUUCCAUGUUGUUUACCUAAUCAGCACAUUUUGUCUGAAUACUUGAACAUUUUAACAAUAACACAGGUAUAGAAACAGAAAGGAAACUUGUAAUCUUUGGGUUCAGUUUUAACAUCUUGACAACAAGCGCUUUUUCUAGCAACAACUUUAAAAUUUUGUAAGUUUGACAGUAUUUUCUCGUUGGGUUUUUAUUUGGUUUAUUUGCGUGCUUUUAAUUUGCAGAAGUUAGUAACUGCAGCUCACCUACUGCACCAAAGUUCUCGAUUUCAGGAGCCCAGCUUUAGUCAUUUGAACAUGCUUCUAAAUAAAACAAAACAAAAAACCAAAACUAUACUUUUGAUCUAUAAUAAUAGCUCAAAAACUUUGUCAAGGAAAGCUCUAAUAUAUGCAGUGAUGGUUUAUGGAAGGGUGUGGCAAUUUAAAUUUAUAUUGUGUGUGAUGUUCAAAUAAAGUGAUAUCUACAUUCAUGUGAUUUAUUGGUCAGCAUGACCAUUAAUUAUUAUGUAGAUAUUGAUUAAACUUUGAUUUCCUUUUUUAAAAUUGUGUUGCAUUUGAUUCCUGAUCAGAUUCCCUCAAGGUGAACCCUUGAUCUGAGAUUUUGGAUUUUAUAGUGAGAUCGUAAGGGUGGAGGCAGUUGAAACAUUGUUCCUUAUUUACAGACCACUUGAAAUGAAUACCUAAUUUAAGUUUGCACUUUAAUACCAAACUUAAAAACCAAACAGUUGGUACAGAGUAGGUUAAGUGGUCAUGGUUCAUCUUUAUUAGCUGUGCAAAAUUCUAAAGGAAUCAAAUAAUUCAUGAUGAUUUAAAAAUUUUCUGCAGAUGAUUUUUUUAUAUAUACAGUGUUUCUUUCCUAUGGAUAGUUCCCCCCUGCCCCCAGGAUUGAUCUCAGCAGCAAAUUUAACCUGAAUUCACUUAGGAUCACAGGAAUCAGGGGAAAGUGAUAUAAAGGUGGUUUCUCCAGCACAUUUUAAGAAAAGGGACCAAAAGUUAUUUUAGCUUCCUCACUAGAUUGCAUGUCAAGUUGCUUAUUAGGAUAAUAAAUUAAUAUUAAAUGAAAUAUAUGUCUCAUCUUUACUAUGGCAUCUGUUUAGGAGUUGUUCAAAUCACUGCAGUAGGGCUCUGCAAAUAAAAUCAUGUCACCUGUUAAUGGAUCUAAUGUACUGUAACUUUAUCAAUGAAAAGUAAAAAUCUCAAAUAACAAGUACAAACAUUGAACAAUGACCUAGAAAGAUUUGUAAAAGUAAAAUUUUUCCAAUAGAUUUCAUUCUUGUCAUUUUGUAAGAUGACCCUGCAGUCCACCUGUUUGUAACUUUUUUAAUAAAAUAGACAUCUGUAUUACCGA